CGAUCUGCGUUGUGCUAUACUUGGUGUGGCACCCGAGCCAUAGACCCUGUGCGCCGUAGCAUUGGCAGACCCUGGUGGUGGCCUGAUCGAGCUACUUGGUGCCCGGUCACGACGUCGUCUUCUUCGAAGGGCGACAAGGGCAAGGGCAAGGGACGCCCGGACCACUUUCGUCGGUCCCGGUCUCGAUCUCCUGCGCCGAGGUCGGUGAGCACUUCUUUGAGGGGAACACCUUUGCCUCCGGUGUUUUCCGCUUUCCCUCCUGUGAGACCUCUGAGGAAUGCAGCCCCGAGGCCAACUACAACUGGAACAACUGGGAAGGGAACUCAGAAGGGUGCGCGUCCUGAAGAAGUUCGACCAGAGCCAGAUCCAGAGCCUCAGCCUGGUGAGAAUUUGAACGUCAGAGCCGGCUACUUGGAGCUAAUCAACACGUGGUGGACUUUGCGCAAUCAGAAUCCUGCAGCAGCACAGCUUGCUUGGAACUUUCUGGUGGACAACGCACCUCCACACCCGGCUCAGACGGCCAAGGGCAGAGUGGUUCCAUCAGACGGAAACCCUCGUGGCUGGCGCCGCUAUCAGCGGGAAGUGCUGUGGUUCUACAUGGGGACUCGCAAAUCUCAGCGAAGCCUGUUGGGUCCUCGAUUGGCUUCGAAGCUCACUGGCCCUGCACGUCUUUUGGCUAUGUCAUGGAGUCAUCUUGACAUUGCAGGGCCAGAUGGUGUGAAGAAUGUGCUGAAGCGCCUUGAAGCUUCACCGUUGGUUCGCAAGAAGAUUCCAAACUCAGCUGCAACGAUGACUCAAUACUUUGGGUAUCGUCGACACAAUGGCGAGAACAUCAAUGCGUACCUGGUCAGGGAGAGUCUCUUCUAUGAGGAGUUUGUGGAAUCCCUGAUGGAGCUCAAGGGCACUCAGACGGACAUCAUGAAGGACUUCGAAACCAUCGAUGAAUCCUCUGAAUCCGACAGUGAAUCUGCUGGAGGUUCACGACCUGGAUAUCAACGAGUUCCUACAGAAGAGCCUGCAGCCGAGCAACAACGCCCUGCUGAAGCUCAACGUCCUGGUGGAGCUCAACCUUUGGGACAAGUACCUCCUUCUCCUCAAGGUGGUGGUUCUCGACGCGCGAGAUCUUUGAGGAACGUGCAGACACAACAUGGUCUCAACUUGGCCGGCUCCUUCAUUUUGAAUCAACUGCGUGGUUGGAGAUUGCUGAGUGGAGCCGCUCUGUCGAGUGAGGAGUGGCGAUCCAUCCUGGCCUCCACCAAGAACCAGCUGGACUAUGACUCCAUCUCUUCAGCUACGAGCAGAUCCCUCAUCAACAUCGUCUUCAUCAUCCUGGUGCUGGACAUCAUGGCGGCGGUCCUCAUCACUUCAACAUGGCGGAGAACGACGAUUGGUUCUGGAUGCUUUGUCUGCGGUGGCUAUCGCCUUGCUCGCGAUUGUCCUGAUCGCAACGCACCUCGUGGUGGCAAAGGCAAGCGUGUUUCCUUUUUCCUGGAGGAACCCUACUACCAGGACUGUGUCAUGCACAAAGGCAAGGGCAAAUCGAAAGGUGGUGGCAAGACGAGCUUCUCUAUGGAAGACUUCUACGCCUUCAUGAAGGGCAAAUCAAAGGGUUUUGGCAAGUCGAAGGGCAAGAGCUAUGGCAAUGUGAACGCCUACAGCCUGAGCGACUAUGAUGCCUACGGCCUCCAGUUUGACUCUCACCAUGAGACUGGCGGCCACAUGAACCUUGGGAAAGUCGAGAGGGAAGGCAACAACCUUGGAAUGCUUGACUGCGGUGCGACUUGCAGUGCUGGCCCAGAGACCUCCAUUCGCAAUUUGAUCCAUGCUGUGAUCAACCAAGACAACCAAGCGAGCAUCUCUGUCGAUGCGAAAAAGCGGCCAAAGUUCCGUUUCGGCAGUGGAGCAUGGGGCCAAGCCUUGUACUUGAUUCGUGAAGGUUUUGAAGGUCGUUUGUCAGCCGAUGCACACAUGUCAUCCAUGGAACUUGUGGACGAUGUCGGUAACAUCUCAACUUUGGAAUUCGAAUGCGGAACAGUAGUCGGUGCCGACCCACGGGAUCCACGCUGCACGGGCUGGCCAUGCCACAACAGUCACCAGCCGGGCAAGACUCAAGGAAACAAGUGGGCGAAGUGGGUUCACUGUCAGAAGUGUGCACUUCGAGUGAGCUACAUUCCCAACAAGGGUGCCCCGUCGAACACGAUGCAGAACUUCAACCCCCAGAUGGUUCGACGUGCACUUCACGACCUCAAGAAUGCCUUGCCCGAGAAGGUGGAGCCGACCGAAGAGCUGGUGCGCCUGUUCAUCGACAAGGUGACUGCGGAGAUGCGCAUCGAGCACAUCAUGGAUGAGGCCCAGAUCCAGCUGGCAAAGAACAUGGACAAGGUUUCAAAGGCUGCCGCAGCAGUCAAAGCUUCUCCCAAGCCAAAGGGGAAGCCCAAGGUGAAUCCGAAGAUGCAGCCUUCCGCAGGCUAUGCCGAGGAGGAACAAGCCUCGCCGACUUCAAGCUGGCAGGACAUUCCUCUGGAAAAUCGACCUGUGGCCUUCAACCCGAUGGAUCACUUGACCGAGGAGGAGAAGAAGCACAUCUACGACCUGGCCUCAAGCCGAGUGCAGGUGAUCCCCGACACGGAGGAGGAGAUGGAGUCCCUCUCUAUGUUCUAUGUUGGCCGCAAAAUGAUGGACAUGAUCUACAUGUUCAACGACAACCUGACCUCGAACAUUCCCGAACUGAUCUACAACAAGAGACCUCUGAUCUGGGAGAUGUUUUGCUCCCCUGAAUCUGGACUGACGAAAGCAUGUGAAGAAGAAGGACGUCCAGCUCAGCGGAUAAACCUACAUCAAGGUUUUGAUCUCUACAAGCCUGAGACCUACCCGGUGCUGUUCGAGCUCUUCAAGGUGCAACGACCGAAGAAGAUUUGGAUCUCAACUAUGUGCACUUUGUUCUGCAGUUGGGUCGACUUGAACUACCAAGGACGAGAAGAACUUCUACAGAAGAAACGAAGGCGAGAGCGCAAGAUGUUUCGCCUUCUCUUGGCCGUGAUUGCCUAUGCUUUGUGGCUGAACAUCUACUUCCUGGUGGAGCUGAUCUAUGCGCUGGAGAAGAACAACCUUCUGGAGAAGACCUACAGCCCGAUGAUCAAGAUCAACUUCCUUCUGAAGAUGCUCUACGCAAGUGGGAAGUUUAACUCAACCAGUUUCAUCGUGCAGCUGGUCAUCCUUCCACACGUCAAGUUUGUCAUGAUGAUCGACUUGGCAACCCGGUAUCGCAUCACUGAGACCCUCUUCGUCUACCCCCAUGGAGAAAACAAGGCGGAGACGGCUGACAUGAUGAUCAAGACCAUCACAACCCGGUGGUUGAUGAGCAUGCCGCGCCCCAAGAUGUUGGUGCCGGACAAUGCAAACACUCUGGUGAGCUACAAGGUCACCGAGUUCAUGGCAGAUCUUGGAAUCGAAGUUCUACCCCCCCCCCCCGAUGGGGAAAGCUGGGCCCAUGGCAUCUCUGAGCGAGCUGUGGGACAGAUCAAGGAAACGGCCUCUUUCAUUCAGCAGUCACUUCCUGAACAAGAUCCAGUUCUGUCGCUAGCGAUGGCUACCAGCGCUAUGAAUAACACUGAGUUUGUCAAGGGCUAUACUAGCAUACAAUGGGCUUUUGGCACACAAGCCGAACUGGAUGAUGGUGAACUUCGUCAACAACUGAGCCUGCCACUUGACCGACAACAACACGAGUUUUUACGACUCUUGAACCAGCGUCAACUGGCAGAAGACUGUGCGAGAAAGGCGAAAGCAAGACCAGUGAUGUCCAAGCUGAAGAACUCUUCAGUCCGACAACCUCUCCGAACCUUCAAGAUGGGACAGCCAGUCUACAUUUGGAGGAAGUUUUUGCCUCACUCCGUGUACACUGGCAAGAAGGGAGGACACAAACAUGUUGGACGUCCUCGAUGGGUUGGACCUGGACGCGUGGUUUUCCACGAACUGGUUCCUGGACAAGAUGAAGACGACCGCAGGAGCCUGGAGAAGAUGAAGUGGAACAACCUCAUCUACCUGAUGAACCUGGCUCCGCGACCAUUGUCAAACCUGCAGUACGUUUUCCUGGCAAGUUUCCCAUGGACAGUGGACAUCCUGAUUACCUUGCACCUCCGAAACCUGGACGACAAUUCAAGCUUUGACGAGUCCUUCGACCCUGUGAAUGAGUACGAGCCUGAGUCCAAAGACCUUGUGGAGCCUGACGACAAGCAUGUCAAGCUGGAUGAGAACCUGGAUGACGAUGGCUAUGAACCUACAACACCAGCGAAGUCACCGCCCCCUUCACCGAAGAGAACUUCUUUGUCUUCUACAACUCCGUUGUUGGAACCCCGUGAGCCUGCUGAGAAGAGACCUGAACCUGGCGAUGGACUUCCUGGAGAACCUGAGUCAAAAGGACUUCGACCUGAUGAUGACGAUGAUGCAGAAGAUGACAAGGAGAUCAAGUUCUUGGAAGCACUUCGAUCCGUGCACGAGGACUACGUCUUCGACAUCGAGAUCGACCUGAACUCCAACCGCAAGAAGAAAGAUCUUCUACGCAACCCUGUGAUGUUCCUGGCGAAGAAAGUGGCAGGAGCUGAGGUGAACUACAAGAAGCUAUCCCCGGAGGAGAAGGGACUCUUUGACAGCGCAAAGCAGUCAGAAGUGAGCUCUUUCCUGGAGACAGAGGCAGUCUUGUUGAAGCUCAAGAACUAUGGACACCUGGAGUGCCUGAACUUCGUGAAGCACUUGGAGCUAGCGAUGGUGACCUUCUACGUCUACUUCGUAACGUAUAUGGCAGUGCUACAGCCCCUCGUGGACUGGAGAAUGAGAAUCCGCGAAACCCUGCAGACCGAGAAGUGGCUCUCUGUGCGCAAGGAGAUCGACAAGGCCUACGCCUGGGGAACCCGAAAAGAGGAGAACUUUCGACAUUCAGGUGUGGACCUUGAAGUCAAGAAGUUCAACAAUGAGCGCUACGUGCAGCUGAGUCAAGACUUCUACAUGGAGAAUUUGCCUGACCUUGCAAUUCCGGAAGAUCGUCUUCGAGGAGAUCCCAAGUCACAACUAUCUCCUGGAGAAAUGGCAGCAUGCCGAGCAAGUUUGGGUGCCUUGCAAUGGGCUUGUACCCAGGCACAAAUUCAAGCUUGUGCUCGUGUCAACCUUCUGUUGACAGAAUUGACUGUGGACAAAUCAGUCAUGGUGGCCAAAGAGAUUGCCGACCUCAUCAAGGAUGUGAAGAAGGAUCUGAUGCCCACAACAAUCGUCCUCAAGGUGGCUCGACAGGUGGAUUGCUCACUUGUCUUGGUGGCCCCGAACAACUUGCUGGAGAAGCUGGACGCCUCAAUCCAGUGUCAUGGAGACGGUAACCUCUUGGAGAAGGCCAGCGACCUUGUGAAGUAUGUCAAGGGCUUGGUGGCAACCGAUAGCAAGGGUGUCUUCGAUGCAGUGAACAAAAAUGAAGGUCCUCUCCUUGGACUGUCAAAUGCUCGAAGCGCACUCCAAGGGUACCAGUUGAAGGAACAGCUGGCCGAGGCUGACACCAAGCUGAUAUGGAUAUCAGGAGAUUGGAAUCUCUCCGAUGCCUUGACACAGAAAUCAAAAGCCGCUCGACUUGGCUUACUCCAAUUCGUGAAGUCAUUCAUAUGGAAACUCAAGUACGAUCCCAACUUCAUACAAAGUGAGAAGAAAGCCAAACGCGAGGGACGCGCAGCAGUACAGCAGAUGAGAGAGCUGCAGUCCCUAGUCCUUUUUCCAGGAGGUGUGCUUUCUGUCCCGGUGCGGACGUCAGCCUUGCGGCCCAAGCUGGGCGCGCCGGGCUUGAGAGAGCAGGAUGUGGAGGAGGAGUUCUUUGGUUGGAGCACUGCGCCGAUCUGGCGCAUCACCUCGCGGACAUGGACCUCUGUGGAGAGUGGUGAGACCGGCAACGACAUCAGGGAUUCGUUUUGCAGUGCACACGGCGCUUGCCUCACACACCAAGCUUAUGAAGGUGGAACAUGCGUCUCUGAAAUCCCAGCUUUCUCGGUCGUGCGCGUGACCGAUUUUUUUGCGGGGGAUCGCAGCCACCUUAUCGUCAACGGCAACAGAUACAGCAGCACGAUUCUCGAGAACACGACCUUUGUAUUGUGGUCUCACAUUGCAUGGGACGGGUUGGAUGGUCACUUUCAGAUCUGCAUGGAGGCACCUCCUCUUUGCCCAGAUGGCUUUGAACUGACUCCAGUGCCAGUAGAGGAAUGCCCCGCCGGGGCAGAAGUGCUUUCCAACUGUGAAGAGGCUGCGCCCGAAGAGUUAUGUGAAGGCAACGGCCAGUGCGGCACACGGACCGAUAUCAACAACUGCUAUGACAGCGGCUACACAUACCCAGCUUCCCGUGACAUCUAUCGGAAGCAGAACUUCACCAGAAACGAAAGCAAUGCUACCGCCUCUACACCAUUCACGACCACCACAACAACUGGUUCCUUCACUGAAAUCUCCCUCGAAGAAGAGCAAGUGGAUGGGCUUUGGCAUUUCCAAGGGCCAUGUGCGGUGCACGGUCGUUGCUUGAGCAGUCCUGGUUAUCCAGGCUCGUAUGGUGAGAAUGAGACUUGCGUUGCUUCUUUACCACCUUUCACUGCCUUGACUGUAAAAGAAUUUAACACAGACAAGUUCUAUGACCAGCUCACGGUGAAUGGCAUCAGAUACAGUGGUAGAGGUUUGCGGGGCAAAUCAUUUGCAUUGUGGUCCAGCAUCACCUGGACUUCAGAUGAGUCCAGUGAUUGGUAUGCGGAAUACUGGAGAAGGAGAUGGAAGCUGUGCCUAGACACGCCUCCUCUUUGCCCAGAUGGCUUUGAACUGACUCCAGUGCCGGUCGAGGAAUGCCCCGCCGGGGCAGAAGUGCUUUCCAACUGUGAAGAGGCUGCGCCCGGAGCGUUAUGCGAAGGUAACGGCCAGUGCGGCACACGGACCGAUAUCAACAACUGCUAUGACAGCGGCUACACAUACCCAGCUUCCCGUGACAUCUAUCGGAAGCGCAAUGGCACUGCGGUCAGUUGGAUAGUGAAUGGACCGUGUCCUGUGAUCGAUGGUUGCGUCCAGAACUUUGGUGGAAAUGCAUCUCCUGGUCAAAGCUGUGACAUGUCCCUUACAGAAUCUGGGACUGUCACGUUAAAAAGUUCUCUCUAUUGGGGCUCGCUUUGGAUCAAUGGACGAAGGUAUGGUGACGAAGGUAUGGUGACGAAGGUAUAUGCCAUCUUUGUGGAACCUACCAUCCGCUGGAACCCAACUGGCGACAUAGACGGAGACAGGUGGGUGAUCUGCAUCGGCACACGUGACCAAGUGCAACUGCCAGAAUUUCCUGGCCUUUCUACUUCUACUGAUCCUUUAGCCUGGAUUUGUGUGGGUGUUCUGUUUUUCUGCGCCUGUUGUUGUGAAUACUUGUACUGCAGGAUGCUUGGGAAGGAGGAGUCGGAAGCGACGCUGGAGGAUGGCGUGUUGCCGGUGCCGACAUCGCGGCCCAGGCAACGCGAGCGCAGCGAGCCGCCAGACUUGCUGAUGGAGUCACCUCUUGACUUGGGAGCUGCCUGGCUCAUUUGUCAUGCUGAUGCGGAGCCAGUGGUCUGCAGCGAUGUUCGUGCUCAUCCGAUGUUUCGGCUGGAGGUUGACUGCGAACCGCCACGGCAAGUGUGGUCAGAUGGAAGCAUCUAUGAGCUGGAGGAAAGCUCGACCAAGGAUACGUUGAGGUGGACAUACCAAGGGAAGAGACAUUCCUGGGUGCGAGUUCCCAGUUGCCCACAGAGCCACUGUCACAUGAUGAAGCUCUCUAAGCAAUGCCAGGAGUUCACCUGCGCACGGUGUCAGCAACAAUGCAUCAGUGGCUGCUUUUGGCAGUGCCGUGUCUGCCAGGAUAGAUGCCUUUGUCCUUCUUGUGCUGCAGUUCCCAAAUCUGAGCAGCUACUUGGCAUCAGUGCUGCGUAUGUCUUGGAGAUUUUCCCAGCGCUUGCACGACAGAGCACCGGCUUGGAGAACCCCAACUUCUACGAGAUGGCUCCAGUCGUAGCAAUGGGCGAAACUGGCCUGGGAUAUGGAAAGACCUGCUCUGAGGAUGGAGAGCCAAAUUGUAGCAUCGUUGAUGCAGUCGAGGAGCAUCACAAGGGAAAGGUCAGCCACUUUGUCUCUUGGUGUUGGGCGUGCAGGCUCAAUGACUUCGUUGGCGCCCUGCGAGCUUGGAUGGAGGGAGACCGCAUCAAUGCCAGCGAGGCGUAUUCCCUGUAUCUCUGGAUUUGCUUCUUCUGCGACAACCAAUACCGGCUUCCCAAGUCCCUGUGGAAUAAUUGA